CUCGACUGAGGUGGUUUUGGUGGAUGGAAUCUAAUGCUGACCAGAUCAAUCUCGCCGGUUGCCACUUAACACGCACCUGAUAUUGUAUUCCUUCGAGGUUUUGUCUUACGUCUUUUUUAAUCAGUCAAAUUGCCGGCUCAUGAAGUGAUAAACACGUCUUUCUUAAAUGUAUCUCGGAGUUUACAGGCAUUUGUAGCUUCCGGUACAACCAGUUUCAAACGUCUGUCGGCAAGAGACCGACCGAAAACAAAGGUCGUAACUACGGAAGUUUCUGAUCGUGGAUCGUUCCUCCACGAGUUGCGUCACGGUACAAAGGGAAUACUUUCGCAUCUCCGAGGCCGUUAACAUUAGUAUGAGUACAGCUGAGAAGGAUCGCGUGAUAAAUGAACUUCCCAAGUUUUAUACAGCUGAUGCAGCUCCAAGACAGGCUCCCAACUUUCACCCUAAAACCAAGGAUGCAUGUUCCACGGGAAACACUGGCAACAUGUACUUAAAGAUAGCCAAAUGUAUAGUCGUUGGUGACAGCGCUGUUGGGAAAACAUGUCUAGUUAACAGAUACUGUCGUAACCUAUUUGACAGAGAUUACAAAGCCACCAUUGGUGUUGACUUUGAAGUUGAGCGAUUUAUGAUUCUUGAUCAAGAGUUCAACAUGCAAAUUUGGGAUACAGCUGGUCAAGAGAGAUUUAAAUGCAUGGCUCAAUCCUACUACAGGGGAACACACGUGAUCAUCUUAGUAUUUGACCUCACAAGUAUCAAGACUCUUAACAAUACAAAGCAAUGGCUGGAGGAAGCUCUAGAACAAAACACAACAACUUGUCCAGAAAUUUUCCUUGUAGGAUCCAAGAAGGACCUCUGUAAAGGCAAUGACUUUUCACAAAUGGAGAUGCAUGCUCUGAAAGUAGCAGAAGAAAUUAACGCGGAAUACUGGAGUGUAUCAUCUAAAUCAGGAGAAAAUGUCAAAGGCCUUUUCCGUCGAAUAGCAGCGGUAACGUUCGAGCAAGCAAUUCUAUGUGAACUAGAAACUCAUGGAAAAAGGAUCAGUGUGCAACAGAUGGGAAGUGGGGGUGGCCUGAGGGUGGAAAAGAAGAAAAAAGAAGAUGAAGAAAAAGACAGACGACAAAAACCAAAGUGUUGCUCCGGGGCUCGUGGUCUUUAGGAAUUCAAAGCUUGCGCGACAGAUUUACGCAGCCGUUCUGUGAAUUAAAAGAACUGUGCACUCCCGUGCUUAUUCUUCGUCCUCGACGAUUGGACAAUUGAUAUGGUUGGCAUGAAUAUGGAAUUUGUAAUAUGCAGUUGUACAUGUACGGUUCCUCCUUUUCGCUUCUUUCAAAUACGUUUUGCUUUUUCCAUACCAACUGAAUCAAAAGUGUAAAUUCGAAAGCUAUUUUUAUUUCAAAGAAUUCUAGUACUGAUAUCAGAAAUUCAACCAAUGAGUGCGAAACAUGAGAAUAAUUAUGUACACUUGUUUAUUUGUUUA